AUGUCCAAUUCAGACUUUGAUGAUGAUGAUGAUGAUGAAAUCUUACAAGCUGUGUUGACAGGGACAGCAAAUGUAAGUGGUCAUAAAAUUAUACCGUCAAUGCAACCACCAAUACAACCACGUCAAUCAGCACAAGUACAACCACAACAAACAACAACAGCUGAUAAUGAUAUGCGAUCUAGAAUAUUUCAAGCAGAAGGUCAAGUGGCUAUACUACGAGCUCAAUUAGAGAGUGCACAACGAGAACGAUUGGAUGGAGUCAAUAAAAUACGAGAUAAUUUUAAUCAAUAUAAAAAGAAUAGUGAAGAUCAAGUUCGAAUUCUAAAGCAUGCAGUUCAGAAAUUAGAAGAUGAAAAGAAGUUUUUAAAUAAUGAAUUGAAAUCGAAUAGUUAUAGUAAGAAACGGAAAGUUACUCCUAUUCGAACUCAAGGGAAAGAGAUUAUGGGAUCCAUUGAUAUUGAUAUUUCAACAAGUUUAGAUGAUUCUAAAUCUAGUAGGGGCAGUACUCCCAUGAGAUCUUCGAAUACUUCAAUGGAACAAAAGUCUACCCAACAACCAUUACCCCUGCAACAACCGAUUCAAAGGAUUAUCAAAAUUCAAAAUGAUUCAUCAUUAUUUGCUGAUCAAAUUUGGAAUCAUUGUAUUAUAGGAAGUAAACGUACUACAUUAAGUUAUCUAAGUAAGAUCAGUGUUAAUUUCUACAUUGACAUUCAAGAUUUAAAAAUCAAACAACGGAUCCCGAUCUCAUCCUCUAUAUCUGAAUAUAUCAUGUUAAAGAAGAGUUUACGAUUAGAUCAAUUAAUCAGUGAAUUUUGUCUAACAUUGAUCUCAUUGAUUGAGAUUUUAAUCGAACGGAAAAGUAUUAUUAGUGUUCCAUUUUUAUUAUCGUUGAUUCAUGGAUCAAUCACAUUCCGACCUUUGGCCAUCACGAAACAUUUAAUUGAACAAUUAUUAAUCCGAUUAAAUCAACUUAGUAAUAAAUUUGCAUUUUUAUUGGAUUCGAAUUUGAAUGAAGAGGAUUAUAUCAAUUAUCAUGAUGUCCCUCAUCAAAUCAUGAUCAUUGAGAAGUUUAUCUUUAUAAGUUGUUUAGACAUCAUGGAGAAAUUAAUCAGUUAUAGUUCAUUAUACGAUCCGAAAUAUAUUCGAAAGAUUUGGAAUGGGGAUGAAGGAUAUUUAUCAGUGGAAUUGUUUUUAAAGUGUUUACCGGAUAAUCAUGAACGAUUUAUGAAUACGGGUCAAAUCAAUGUGAUGUUUAAUUUUGUGGAGAUGUUGAUUUCAUCCAUUACAGAAGAUACGUUUGCCUUUAAUGAUCGUCAUAAACGAGUAGCGGAUGAUACCAUUAUAAACUCCUUAUUAAAGAUCUUUCUUAUUGAUAUACCGAUUAAGGAAGAUUUCAUGUUUUAUGGAUUAAAUCGAAUCAUUGGUAAUAAUAAUGAUUUUGAAAAGAUAAAUGCUACUAUACCUGAAACCAAAGAUAAUUUAAAUAAUUUUAUAAUCUUGAUUCCCCAACCUAUCCCGAUUGAAUUACUUAAUGGACGAGAAGAUAGUAAUGAAGAUUAUGAAUUGAAAUUAAAUCAUGAAUUCCAUUUAUUAAAUUUAAAAAUCAAAGUCACGGAAUUAUUUGAAUCAUUUAUAAUUAUCAAACAAUCGAUUGAAUUUUUAAAAUCAAAAGAAUAUUUCAAAUUGAUUAUUCGAAUCAUUGGGUUUGAACAGAUUCAUAUCAUGAAAUCCCCUCGAAGUCAAUUCAAUUCAUUACGAAUUGAAAUCAUAUCACGAUUCAUCAAGAUAUUAAACUACUUAAUCGUCAAUAAUAACGAUCAUCAUGGGAAUGAGGAAGGUGAUGAAGAUGAUGAUCAACUUAAUCUUAAUGAAUUGAUAUAUCCUGAAACCAUGUAUGAAUUAUUUGUCGUAUUACUGAGGAUAUCAUUUGGAUCUGAUUCUUUAUCGAUUGAUGCUCAUAAACUAUUAAUUAAAAUCCGAUCACGAGGAUAUUUAACCGAACCGAUAUUCAAUGCUUGGAGUGAAUUAAAAGCUCGAGAAUUAAAUCAUGUGAAUGGAGGUAAUGGAGGACAAUCAGGGAAGGUAUUGGCAGAUAUAGAAAGUGAUUUUGCUAAUGGAUUAGAAAUCCCAUAUGAAUCAGAAACAGUUGAAUUAGCACGAGAAUUAUUAAAUUUAUUUGUUAAUCAUGAAGAAGCGGAUAAUUUAUAUUAUAAUAUGAAUUAUGAUGGAGAUGAAACCUUUGAUGAAAUGGAUUUAAUAGAGUAA